UGAUUUGGAAAGAAAAUCUUUUAGGCUGGGCGCGGUGGCUCACGCCUGUAAUCCCAGCACUUUGGGAGGCCGAGGCGGGCGGAUCACGAGGUCAGGAGUUCCAAGACCAGCCUGGCCAACGUGGUGAAACCCCGUCUCUACUAAAAAUACAAAAAUUAGCUGGGCGUGGUGGCACGUGCCUGUAAUCCCAGCUGCUUAGGAGGCUGAGGCAGGAGAAUUGCUUGAACCAGGAUCCGGGAGGCGGAGGUUGCAGUGAGCCGAGAUCACAUUACUGCAUUCCAGCCUGGGCUACAGAAAAAGACUCCGUCUCAAAAAGAAGAAAAAAAAAAAAGAAGAAGAAGAAGAAAAUGUUUGUUCAUCCUGCCUUUAAUUCCUUAUUACAAGGCGUGAAUUUUUAUUGUUUUUUUGAGACAGUCUGGCUCUGUCACCCGGGCUGGAGUGCAGUGGUGCCAUCACAGCUCGGUGCAACCUCGAACUUCCGGGCUCUCAAGUAGCUGGGACCGCAAGCGCCACCACGGUGCCCGACUAUUUUUCUUUUUUUUGGUAGAGAAUAGGUCUUGCUGUGUUGCCCAGGCUGGUCUUGAACUCCUGAGCUCAAGCGACCCACCGCCUUGGCCUCCCACGGUGCUGGGAUGACAGGCAUCAGCAGCGUUGAAGCCUGUGAGGUGGGGUCCCUGUGGCUGACUCUGCCCUCUCCUGUGACCGUUGACAGUGCCAGGGUCCUUGUGUGUGGAGGAAAUAAGGAGAUGAUCAAAGUAUAAUUCCACAAAUCACAUGGUUUAUUGUCAAAGAGAAUUUGUUCUCGGGUUCACAGUGCUCAGAGGGGAGGAGAGGGGAGGAGGUGAAGAUGCCUGGCAGGGAAGCAGGGCCUCCAUGGAUGGGCAUUCACCGCAGGGAGGCGAGUGCCAGAAUGGCCAGAGUCCAGUUGCUCUGCUGGGGUGGAGUGGGCCCCUGGAAAGUGACAUCUGGUUAGAGUUCGAGGUGUGCCUUAGUAGCAGUGGAGAGCGUGAGGGCGGGAGCUCUCCGAGAAGCUGGGACCGAGGACCAGCUCCCAGGCCAGCAGGGUAUAGCUUGCCUCAAAGCAUCUGCGCAACCUUCAAGUUGAUUUGUAUUUUUGCAGUCCAGCAGUCAGGGUCAGUAACUCACAUAAGGCAGUGUCUGAUAAGGUUUAAGUGGCAUUCCCAAAGUUGCGGAGUUCACUCGAGUCCUCACAUAUGUGGUCUGAUAAGACAUCACACUCUUGCAGGGGGGUCAGGUCACCCCAAAACAUCAGACUAUGUGAGUGCUGUGAAUCACUUCAAAGCUACACAGCAGGUCCCAGGGCCCAAGGCAGAGGAGUGAGUCCACCUCGGAAGGCUCAGAGCAGCUCCAGGCAGUAACCACGGCAUUUCCAGAGUCUGAAUUUCCGGAGUCUGGCGUGUGAGCCUAACAGCUCUGGUGUGACCAUCCGUACUCACCUAGCAGCACGUGACAUCAGCUCUCGCCCUGAAGUCAUUGCUCAGCUCGGGUGCUGCAGGAAGACACACGGGUCUGUCUUGGGCCAGCCCCUUGCCUGCUGUGGGCUGCUCCCUGUGUGUGGCCUUCAGCCCGGUGUAGAGAGACGGGCUGGUCACACCCCUGCCCCUCACAGCGGUGAGAGGACAGAGGCAUGUGCCGGGCUGUCUGUGGAGCUCCUGGGCCAGUGUCUGGGAUGUGGUAGGUGCUUGGUGUUAAAGGGAAAAUAUUCCAGGAUACUUGUGAAAACACGUUAGGCAGACCAUGGUUUCAUUCAGAAACUUUGAGAGGUGUAGGAACCACCACACCGGGGUCUUGCAGUGGGAGAGAGGCUGGGCUCAGCUCUGAACAGGCCAUGAGCUGGCGGCGGCUUAUAGCUCCAGAGCUGGGCGAGGGCAGAGGAUGGAAGGUUGCUAAGAGGAACCCCCAGGGGUGAAGGGGAUGCGGGUUAAACUGACCUGCCAGGAGAUCAGGCCAUCUUGGGGACAGUGGAAGAUGAGGAGCCUAAUCAGCUGUCAAGGGUGAUGGGACAUGGGAGGAGGUCCUCGCUAAACCGACUUUGAGCCGGGCCUGUUAAACCAAGUUCUCACCAGGAUGUGCACAGAGGGCCCAGGAGGAGCCUCAGGAGCCGGACUCCCGUUGGCCAAGCAGUCAGUCUGUUAUCCGUCAGUGGACACUCUGCUUCCAGGUGCCUUGGCCCGCGUCCUGAAGGCGGGAGACGUUGCAGCCACGUGCUGGCCUUCCUGGUGCUCCUGCCAGUGUCCCGCUGCUUGACACAGUCCAAGUUUUGUAUCCAGACCCAGCCUGGGGCAGCAGCCUCCCGACAGCCCCCAGGCCCAGCCUGUCUGUGACAGUCACGCCUGCUCAGGGAGCCAUCCUUCCGUGCAGAUCUGGGCUGUGUUUUGGGUGGUACCUCAGGUGUGGGGUCCCCUACCAGGCACGAGGUUCAUACUCCCCAGGCUGCCUCUUGUCCUCAGGGCUUGGAGAGUCCCAUGUUCUGAAAAUGACCUCUUUUCGAGCCAGGCGAGGCCACAUCUCCUUUGGCAGUGUAGUGCCUUCCCUGGAGGUGGCAUUCCUUUUUGAUUUGCCUUCUGUGCUUGGGAACCUCACUUCCUCACUCUGGCCAGCUCUGCCAGCAGUUUGGAGCUGGUUCAGCACCCCACUGCCCUGCCUCGGCCUGCGCCCGGCCCUCCAGGGUGGCUUCUCGCCAGUUCCUGUCAGGCCUGCCUGGGCAACCAGGCCUGGGCACGUCCCUGUCCCUUGCUCAGAAAACCCACAGGCCAUGGGGCCCCAGGAGCCUGGGGCGCGGGCAGGAAGCGCAUCCUGGAGCACCAGCUUCCCUGCCCUGCCCGCCUCACGGGGUGCCUGGGGGCGUGCCUCAGCCUGCUGCUCCUGUAGUCUGUUCUCACGCUGGGCCUGUCUCCCUGAGCAGGCUGAACAUGGGCAUAUGAGUGACCAGCAUGAUCGUGUCCAGGCCACAUUCUGCGUGGUCCAAGGGAAAACCUUCUCCAAGUCCGCGGCCCACCCUUUCCUCUGCUGGGUUAUGGCCGAGGGCGCCAGGCCUCACUGGAGGACAUGGAUCUUGGACCCGGCCCUCGAGGCUGCUGUCUUCCGGUUUCCCCGUGCCCUGGACACUCUUGGUCUCACCAUUUGGGAGGCCGAGAGGGGAUGCAGAGUGGCCUGUUGGAAAGGCCUUAUGUGACCCCGGGCUGAGUCCCUGAGCAGCCCGCCGAGGCUGGAGGGGAGAAGAGCUGAGCUUCUGCCUCUCUGGGCCAGGCUCGGGCUGUGGAAGGGCUGCCAGCUCCCUUCCUGGGAGAGGCUGGGUGGGGCCCACAGGAAGCUGUCUUCUGCUGUUCGCUGCUGAGACAGCUGGGGGCCACCGAUGUUCGGAUUCCCUGAGCACCCUGCCAAUCCCAGACUCACCUUCCUACUCUUUCCAGAGUCCCCAGGGAGACACUUAAGGGAAAUUAAACUGCAGAGUGCAAGAGAUGCCUCAGUCAAGUCAGCCAAAAACACGCGGGUCAUCCCCGAGCCCCAGAGAAGUGAGUCGCGCAGGGCACUCAACUGCCGCAGGAGGAUGGUCUUAUUUCUAGCACUUUCCACAGGGGGUAAAUUGGUGGGUUUGGGAGAUUUUUCAAAUGCAUCAGUGUCUGGAAUGGGUUCUAAGCUGCUAAAUAAUUCUUAAAGGUGAAUUACAGACAUGUUGCCCUAGAUGUAGCUAGACAGCCUUCCCUCUACAGGGAAGUCUCCUCCACCCUCAGUGACAGAGCCCCGAUGACACGGACACCUCGGCUGCUGUCACUUCCCUGGUUCGGGCCUCCCACAGGCUUUGAAUUGAAGGCGAGUGCCUCAGAAUUUGCAUCCAUUGUUCUGUCUUUCCUGGGAAGUUAUUCAUCCUGGUGGCCAGCCCACCAACAAAAUGGAUUUGGAUCUACUGGACCUGAAUCCCAGAAUUAUUGCUGCAAUUAAGAAAGCCAAACUGAAAUCGGUAAAGGAGGUUUUACACUUUUCUGGACCAGAUUUGAAGAGACUGACCAACCUCUCCAGCCCCGAGGUCUGGCACUUGCUGAGAACAGCCUCCUUACACCUGCGGGGAAGCAGCAUCCUUACAGCACUGCAGCUGCACCAGCAGAAGGAGCGGUUCCCCGCGCAGCACCAGCGCCUGAGCCUCGGCUGCCCGGUACUGGACGCGCUCCUCCGCGGUGGCCUGCCCCUGGAUGGCAUCACUGAGCUGGCCGGACGCAGCUCGGCAGGGAAGACCCAGCUGGCGCUGCAGCUCUGCCUGGCUGUGCAGUUCCCGCGGCAGCACGGAGGCCUGGAGGCUGGAGCCGUCUACAUCUGCACGGAAGACGCCUUCCCGCACAAGCGCCUGCAGCAGCUCAUGGCCCAGCAGCCGCGGCUGCGCACUGACGUUCCAGGAGAGCUGCUUCAGAAGCUCCGAUUUGGCAGCCAGAUCUUCAUUGAGCACGUGGCCGAUGUGGACACCUUGUUGGAGUGUGUGAAUAAGAAGGUCCCCGUACUGCUGUCUCGGGGCAUGGCUCGCCUGGUGGUCAUCGACUCGGUGGCAGCCCCAUUCCGCUGUGAAUUUGACAGCCAGGCCUCCGCCCCCAGGGCCAGGCGUCUGCAGUCCCUGGGGGCCGCGCUGCGUGAGCUGAGCAGUGCCUUCCAGAGCCCCGUGCUGUGCAUCAACCAGGUGACAGAGGCCGUGGAGGAGCAGGGCGCAGCACACGGGCCGCUGGGGUUCUGGGACGAGCGUGUUUCCCCAGCCCUUGGCAUAACCUGGGCUAACCAGCUCCUGGUGAGACUGCUGGCUGACCGGCUCCGCGAGGAAGAGGCGGCCCUCGGCUGCCCAGCCCGGACCCUGCGGGUGCUCUCUGCCCCCCACCUGGCCCCCUCCUCCUGUUCCUACACGAUCAGUGCAGAAGGGGUGCGAGGGACACCUGGGACCCAGUCCCACUGACGCGGUGGCAGCUGCACAACAGCCCUGCCCGAGAAGCCCCGACACAUGGGGCUCGAGCCUUUAAAACGCGUCUGCCUGGGCCGUGGCACAGCUGGGAGCCUGGUUGAGACACAGCUGGGAGCCUGGUUCAGACACAGACACAGCUCUUCCAGGGCAGCGGCUGCACUUUCUCAUCCGAACAUGGUGGUCACAGACUGACCCCCACCUGAGCUGGGGGGCUGUUCCGCCUCUCCCUGGGUCUGGGGACAGGCCCGCUUGCUGGGUACCUGGUCCCCACUGCUGAGCUGGUCCUUGGGGACAGGUGAUUCUCAGGGCUGGAGCCUGGGGUGUCCUACAGUGACUCCCUGGGAGCCGCCUGCUGCUUCUCUCCGCAUGGAAGCCCACCUGGGGUCGCGUCUGAGGCCUGCCCCCUGGGCUGGGGCCUCAGACCCCCCUCAGCCUUGGGACCGUGCCCACGAGGGUCUCCCCUCCUGCACACAGGGCAGUCCUUACUCCCCCCACCACUCGGGCCACAGCGGGGCUGCAGGCAGGCGGCUCCUCCUCACCCACCUCUGGGUCCUUGGCUCCCGGGGUCCCCACCUCGGCACACACUGUGCCCCACAAAACUUCAGUGUGGUACAAGGUGGAGAAAGCAUAUCCCACCGACCUCCAGUGUCAGGGUCCAGGAGAGCCUGGGGUUGGGGGGGGCUGCCUUGUCUCUAGUAGUGUGGCCUGUGCCAGCACCACAGCCAUUCUGAGGAGCGCAGGCAGCGCAGGGCUGGCAGGUGACAGGCUCGUCAGCCACCUGGGAACACAGUUCUGGGCAAAGAGGAUCCGAGGUUGAGAGGAAGGAGGGUCCCGGUGUAUCCUGGCCCUGGGGGUCUGGGCGUCCAGCUCAGCCCUGGCCUGGCGGGGUGGCACUCUGGUAGGGAUAUGGCAGGACUCCUGGCAGGGCCACCUGCAGACCCAGUCCCACACUGUGGCCAGGCCUUACAUCUAGCCGGAAAGCAGAGCCUCCCGGGAACACAUCUGGCUGCAGAUGCUGAAAUAUCCACCCGGCAGGCAGAGCAGCGUGGCCUCCCCAUGGGCACAGUGGUGACCCCCUUGAUUCCCACCAUACAACCCCCUCCACCCCCCAACCCAGUUGCCUCCACAUGCUGCCUGGCACAGACCAGGCCUCUGACAAAUAAAUGUUCAAUGGAUGCA